ACUCCCUUUGCGACCCCCUGAUUGUCAUGGCAGAUCAGUCUUCAUUGUUCAGCGAGGGUGAGCUGGACUCUUGGACUCGCGACCUAGCGACCGUAGAGUCCGCGCUUAAGGCCGCCAAGCUUGCUCUUACGGUCAUGCUGGAAGGACCCUCAGAUCGUCGGACGACCUCCGAAGAUCUUCUCACGGCGAUCGUACGGGCCAUGAAACGAGUGCUGGAAUCCUGCAUUUUUAAUGUGCUUGCAGCAUCGCGCAAGGACGCUGAUACAAGCCUCUUUGCGUAUGCGACCGAUCACCGACCGGAAAUAUCGACAGUGCUUCGACUAUGCACGAGCUUGGAAGAUCUCUUGGCCCAGACCAUUCGCAAAGUCACUUUGCCUGACAGUGCCCUGUAUGAUGUAGAGUUCCUUGCACUAGCUUUGCUCGUUCACCCGAACAGCGAUUCCGAGAAAGACUCCGUACUGGGGAUCCAGCAGUUCGAGAGGCUGCGUCGAGCGGCCAUGGAUGUGGUAACCACCAUUUUUGCCUUUCGCCCUGACCAUCAAAAACAGAUUCUCGAUGAAAUAUUGAACAGCUUGGAGAAGUUGCCAGACAAAGGCUCCAAUACCAGACAGUUCAAAUCGGUGCAGGUGGAGCCCAUCAUGACGGUCUCCGCAAUCUUCAUGCAGUUUGUCCAAGUCGCUGCAACACACACGCAAGACCAACGCACAAAGGUGACUUCGGAUCCAGGGGAGGAUGAUUCUUCAGCCGAAGACGAAUCUGAUAGCGACUCUGAUGAAAACCGCCGGCACGCACGGAAAAAGAAGAGCAGCAAGAUCAAUGCAUCAGCUGAAGCCACUACUGAUCGCUUGAUGAAUAACGCAAAGCUUGUUGCUCAGACAAUUGCCACGACGAUAACAGAAAGGGCAAAGAACGUGACCAAAUCUGGCGAUAAACCAUUUCGCAAUCUACUCGACAUGUUCGUCGAUGACUUCUGCAAAGUCUUGGGCUCACCAGAGUGGCCGGCAGCAGAUCUGCUCCUGGUCCCACUCUUCCAUCUGAUGUGCAAAUACCGUAAUGAUAGUUCGAAUCGGAACAUGGCCCUGUCCAUACUGGGAACCAUGGGUGGUGGCAUUUUGGAUUUUAAGAAACGUACUCGACAGUUGAGACGAGACAUUGAUGUCUCGCAGUCUGAUCUCUCCGCAAAGCUGUAUCGGCUCACCGAAGAGAUUCUGGAAGACGACGCCCCUACUAUUAAACGAAGUGACGUCAUUGCACUAAAGGACCCGUAUCGGAUGGUUCUUGAAUCUCUCCCUGAUUAUCUCAAGGUGACGGAUGAUCUAGAGGAUCUACACCUGCUGUCGGUGCGUGGGUGCUACGUCUCCUGCUGGCUGGAUUUCAUAUCACAAGUUAUUUCUCAGGACAAGGAGGCGGCCGAGGACCCAGACAUUAUCGAACUACAGAAGAAGGUGCGAUCAAUGGCGCUCGAGCCCAAAUGGACCUCUCAGGAAUACAAAUAUCAAACCGUUUCUGAGUCACAAAGUCGUCUGGCGGCAGGUGCUACUACUGUGAAGAAUCGUUUCUGUCGAUACUUCCCCACGAUCGUUUCCGUCAUGUUUGAACAGGUUAGAGUUGGUGGAGCCCAGCAAAAAACAAGUGCGAUAAGGAACAUUGACUCUUUCCUGACCAAAGAUCCGCAUGCGAUCUCUGACGGACACGUCAACGCGUUGGUGCGCAAUUUGGGCGAUAAUUCCCCAUCCGUCCGAGCCACGGUUCUGUCACUCAUAUCGAAAUGUUGGAAGUCGAAUCCUGCAAUUGGUCGACUUUGCCUGCCAAGCGUCCUGCAAAUGACUAGAGACACCCAUAACGAACCAAAGAAGAGGGCAAUCAACCUCUUAAAGUCGUUCUACACAAAAUCCGAGUCUCUGGAGGCAAAAGUACAGAUCGUAACUGCCUUACUGCCUGCCUCGCAGGAUCACGAGAGCACAGUCGCCGACAUGGCACGGCAAGCGCUCGAGGAAGUUUGGUUAAAAGUACUCGAUAUAAAAGUCCACGGUGACGAGAACCUUCGAAAACUACAACGGAUGGAGCGCGUUUCCUUGAUCGUCCAGACCGUGCAGAGGGCGCAAAGGCUGGGAUCAACUGACUCCAUGCAAGCAUUCGAAAAAUUCUUCUACAAAGCUCUUGCGAAGGGUGCACCCAACGCCACUGUCAACUUCCAGAUCUGCAAGAACUUAGUUGCAGAUCUUGUAGAGGGCGUGAUCAGUCCGGAUUCUAUGGCUGAAGACUACGCCCAGAACAGCGUGCUGCAGACACUGAGUAUAUUCGCCAGAGUUAACCCCGGCAUGUUCACACUUGAUCAGAUUCAAAGGCUCAAGCUGUACAUUAUCGAUCCGAAAACUGCGGAGGACAUUGAGAUACUAAGCUCGACUGUUACUGUCUUUCGCUUCGUCAUUCCCCACUUGUCCAAUAUACCGACCCAGUUCGCCGAUGAUGUAUGGCGUUUACUCGGUGUGGCGAUAUCGAAGCUAGCACAAGCGGCAGCCAGUGGCACUAUUUUGGGCAAGAACACUCUGCUCGGAGUUGGCCAUUGCAUGUGGAUCAUUAGAGGCGUGGCUACUAACGGACUCGCGAAAUUGCUAGCCAUCGUUGGCUCCAGUCUUGUCCAACUCUUGCAGGCUGUCGCAAUGGCCAGCGACCCUCCUACGCAAGAAGCACAAAAGAAACGGAUAAUGUCAUGGCUGACAAUCAUCGGCACCUUUGGUAAAGUCUGUGACUGGACUGAGUAUGUCACCCAGUUUCACAAUUCUGUCGCAAACUCGGCGAGGAAGAUUGUCGCCAGCAAGCCUGCAGCCGAGAAACAGCUGAAGACUUUGCUUAAUCCGUCAGGCAUGGCGCCGUCUCUCAUACUCUUAGAGACCGUGCGCGCUUUCACCAAACAGUCGUGGGUGCUUGACAUACGCGAGAGUGCUAUGUGCGCUGUCUGUGAAGUGUGUCAAGGGUGUCCUGACCUGUUCCGGCGCGCAGAUGUCGAUACGACCUUCAAGGUUGUGUUCAAGAACGAUAUUAAUUCUUUGAAGCAGAUCGUGCUCACUCAAUUUCACGAGUAUUUCGUAAAAAAGGAGCAACAGUCGCAGAAAGAAGGGCCCAUCGAGCAAGACAGUGCGGCUCCUGACGACGCGAAAAACGGGAUCAGUCGAAUGGGCACCACUUUCGAAGCCUCCCCGGACCAAGUCAACGUCAGUUAUUUAGCCCGUAGUUUCUUGCAGGCUAUCGUCGACAUUGCGCUCCAGAACGAUAACGAGCUUGCUCUCGUGGCCACGAAGACCAUUGUUAGCGUCAGCAGGCAAGGUCUGGUGCACCCUAAAGAGGUUGGGCCGGUCUUGAUUGCUAUAGGAUCCUCGCCAAACCCACAACUAUCCGAAGUGGUCGCCUCCGAACACAACGCGAUUCAUGCGAAACACGAAUCUAAUUUCCACAAUGAGUAUAUGGAUGCUAUCAAGAUGGCCUUCGAGUACCAGCGAGAUGUAUUCCAUGAUCCACAUGGGAUGACCAAGCCACCGGACUGCAAGCCGAAAAUAGCUCACGUGUUCAACAUCAUGAAGGAUGGUAGUCGAAAGACGGUCAAGACUUUCAUCAGUAAUCUUCUGGGGAAGGUGGAUUUCAAGCUCUCGGAGCUCGUUGAACCAACGGCGAGUCUCAACGAGUUGCUAUAUACUCGAUUUUGCCUGGAGAAUCUCGCCUUGUUCGAUGUGGCAAAGAUGGAGGACGUAUCUCUUAUUAUCACUGCCCUUGAAAGCAUCGUGCUGAAGAACACUGGUCCCUCGGUAGGCGUUGCGAUCGAAACCGAGAUGCCGAAACAAGCGCCAGCACCACAACAACUGCCUCUGGACGCAGCAGGUAGCUUUCUUGCGCCUGACACCGCCAUGCAGGAUGCCAUGCGAGACGACCAUGUCUCUGUCUCCGAUGAUCGUCUUAUGCAAAUUACACGCGCCUGCAUGAUGCUCCAAAUGAUGUGGGAAACCCGCUGCUUUAUUCGCAAAGCGUACAACAUCAAGGUGCCUCGCAUAUCGAAGACGGCUCUCCAGAACACUGCUUCGCGGAACAAUCUUAUCAAAGGCGCAGACUUGUGGGAGAAGUUUGCACACAUUUUCAAUGCCGUGGAAACCCGCCGGAGCAUGAUUGAUCAUUGCUACGAGUUUGCAGAACUUCUGGAAGUGGACAAGGACUUCGCAAUUGAUGAGGAUGAGGGUGAAGAUGAGGAAGGAGAGGGAUACACGACCCCACAGGAAGAUGAGGAUCAGGGUGUGUUGGUGCCAACGAGUGGCCGCGGACGGAAGAGGAAGUCUUCAGCGAGCCUCACGAACACGCCGAAGAAGGCGAGGGGCAAACUAGCAGGCAGCAAGAACAAGAAAAGAAGCUCGAAGACGCCUGAGUGGGAUGAUGGGGAUUAGGAGCCCUGAUCCUGGAGUAUCAAGGUGGAGGAGAAUGUUCAUCUGUGGACCUUCGUAACGUACAUAUAAGCGGGCAAUGCGUCACUUCGGGAGUCACUAUUGGGGGGGAUAUGGUCGCAUUUUUAUGGAGGCGUCAAAGGACUUCUGGGACUAUGGAAGAUACCCUAGCAUAUCGGCGUUACCACCUUCCC